AUGAGCGAAAAGGCCCGCCUGAAAUGCACAGUAUAUGUGGGGGGUCUCGACCAGGCCGUUACCGUGCAGACACUGGCCGAGGCCUUCGUCCCGUUCGGCGAAGUCGUUGAUAUCACGCUCCCUAAACCGGAUGUGCCCAAUUCCACUGAUCUCCACCGAGGCUUUGGAUAUGUGGAGUUUGAUCUACCUCAAGACGCUGCAGAAGCGAUCGACAAUAUGGAUGGAAGCGAGCUGUAUGGACGUACAAUAAAGGUUGCGGCGGCGAAGCCACAGAAAGAAAGCAACGAAGGACUGGGAAGCAAGACAGCUAUCUGGGAGCAGGAGGGAUAUCUGGCUAAGUAUGCCGUCAGCGAGGAGGAUAAGAUGGCCACAGAAGAGGCCAGAGCAGCGAGCGAGCGUCCUCAUGAUCCGAUGCAGGGAUUAGAGGAGCUGGAUGUUGCUGGCCCGAAGCCAGAAUGA